GGGAGUUGGCUCUGUUCAGCCUGUCUUUGAUAAGGUCCUGCUCCAGAUGCAGAUCUUUUCUGCGCCUAAAAAAGUUCAUUCGCCACAUUUGCACGCGUAUUACACACGGAGGAUGGUCUGAUAAAAAUGCAUUAAUUGGCUUGUAGCUCGAUUGUCCUUUUUUGUCUCCAGCGUGCUUUUGUGUAUUGUGUUUUUGCUUUGGUUGGUGCGCGGACGACGCGCUGUAUUUUGUUGUAUCUUCCAGGACCUGAGCAGCGGUUCCUUGCUUUGAAGUGCGAACAGUUAAACCCUGCUCAGCCCGGGUCUGUUGAAAGAACAGCCUGAAGGAUUUCUAUCCGACUGCCAUGGCUCUUUAAAACACAACAUUGGCAGGAAAAGGCGAAGACAAAGACGUAUUUUUAAAAUUAUUAUUUUAUUUUGUGUGCCUUUUAUUUCGUCCGCUCAGACAGGACCAGUGUGUACGCGAGGGGGGAAACGCCGGUGCGGCUACAGCGCAGCCUGUUGUUGAUUCAUGGGGACUACUUUGCUGUGACUUUAUACACUUUAUCUCGUGUUGUUGUUUUUGUUUUUGUUUUUUUUAAUUUUUUUUGUAUAAUCAGUGAGGAGUCUACAGUGGGCUACACGAAUGGUAAGUCGUGGCAAAGCCGCUCCACAGGCCCACUCUCGCGGCCGCUUUGAUGUGCUGCUGCUGCCCUUUGAAGUUGAGAAAUGCGGGCACUGUUCCUUGUUUGUGGGCGAGGAAUAACAGUGAGACAGAUAAGAAGCUUAUGUAUCCCUGUGUGUAGAUGUGAGAGUAUACACGUAGACGGUUGUUCACGUCAAACCAGCUUUAGGACCUUUUCUAGCAGUAAAUACUGACUGACUCUUUAAAAGACCAGGUGCGCUCAUCGGGAGUUUUCGUCCAAACGCUGGAUUGUGACCCACACAUGGCUCGCCUGGGAUUUUUCGUUGUUGGCGGAAUAAAAUAUGUUUUAAACUUCCCAACACAGAGUUCUUGCUACUUCUUGUGAUCUGACCAGAGUUUGUUAGAUAUGUGUCUGAUUUGACAAGAUAGAAAUCGCGCGUGUGUGCGUGCUUCUUUUGAAUGGAGGUGGGAAUAGAAUUAAAUCUUUCUCGUCAACCUUUUCUCUUCUUUCAACCCUGUUUGUUUUGGUACCAGUCUUGUCGGGGCCCACUGUACACUUUGACAAAAACACUGGCUCACUGACAGUGGGGUUUGAGGUAUGUUUACUGGAAUACAAACCAGUCUUGUCAAGACUAGUUGUCCUUUACAGUUUGAGACACCUGUCUCUCUGCUGUGUUACUUCUUCAGGGCUUUUUUUCUAAUACAUAAUAUAUCUUGUCCGGACUAGCUUAUUCACUAAUUUUACCAAACCUGUCUCUGUUUCUAGUGCAGGUACCACCCUUUGAAACACCAUCAGCCUACGUGCAUACGUCUCCUUGUCUCCUUGCUCAUAAGGACCUGUUGUUAACCUUGUGUUAAAUCUGUCUCCUUGUCAUUAGAAUCACUAAAAACGGCAGAGGAGGAUGUGUCACAUUCAGUUAGUUGUUGCUUUUGUUCCCUUAAACGGAUCUCUUUUUUAGUUAAUACGUGUAGAUCUUAUUGUAGAAUUACAUCUGGCAUAAACUCAGAUCUUUUGUAUCUGUUCCAAAUGAAAGGGAAACGUGAUUCGAGUUAAAGCAGUAGUUUAUUUGUAUAAUUUAGAUUGGGUUCACAUUGUUAACGUUUGUCCAACCUCUGUAAUUACUAGCUGUGUGGUUGACAGUAGAAAGAGACGAAGUGGAGGUGUAACGGUGUUUUUUAUAUGUGGGAUAAAAAAAAAAUAGAACUCUGUUGGAGGUGGCUGUGGUGUUGCGUCCUCUAUAGCCCCUGUCCCACUCCCUACCUCCUCCCCUCUCCCCUCUCCCCUCCCACCUCCUCCUGCACGUUUGACACCCCUUGUGAUCUACAUAGUCACUGAGCCUUCCUACUCUGAGGUCAGUUGUUGAAUGGGACAGGGUGCGUUCAACAUCAGCGCUGCGUUUGGACACAUGUAGCAGGUCGCACGCUCGUGAACGCCGCCCUACAUGUAAUUCAUAUUCUCCCAGUGCUGGAUUACUGUGAAGAGAGUUUUGCACUGUGAUCGAUUCAACUCAAAAUGGAGUAAUUCACUUUUUAACGGGAUUUAAAGUCUGGAUGAACAUCAUACUCUGCAAUGAGUGAAGAGGAGCUAAGAAGCUCCCCCGCUGCUUUUAGAGAGUGAGGAGGAUUAAGAGGCUGGAGCUCGGCGGAGGCACGACGCCACUCUCUCACACAGGCAACCGGAGCUGGAGCCAUGAGCAGGGCGCUGGCGGAGCACAUCAGCACUAGCUUCCGAGAAGAUGCUCCCCGUCCUCCGGUACCGGGGGAGGAGGGAGAGGCGUCAUGCUACAACCCCAGCAGAUCUGCCAAAAUGAGAGCCCAGAGCAAGGUGAAAGAGAACCCAGCCACAGCUGCGCCUGCUGGCUCUGCGCUGCGUAGGAACGAGGAUGGACUCGGGGAGCCGGAGGGCAGCGCGUCCCCUGACUCGCCCCUAGUCCGGUGGACCAAGUCCUUACAUUUUCUCCUGGGGGACCAGGACGGUGCCCACCUCUUUAGGACCUUUUUGGAGAAGGAGAACUGCGUGGACACUUUGGACUUUUGGUUCGCCUGCAAUGGCUUCCGGCAGAUGGACUUAAAGGAUACCAAAACGCUGCGAGUUGCCAAAGUUAUUUUCAAGCGGUACAUUGAAAACAACAGUAUUGUUGCCAAGCAGCUGAAACCUGCCACCAAGACCUUCAUAAGGGAUAGUAUUAAGAAACAGCAGAUAGAUUCUGCCAUGUUUGACCAGGCACAGAUGGAGAUUCAGUCCAACAUGGAAGAGAACGCGUACCAGAUGUUUUUGACCUCUGACAUAUACCUCGAAUACGUGCGCGCUGGCUGCGAGAACGCAGCCUACAUGAACCACGGGGCUCUGGGCAGCCUGAAGCUGAUGUACGGAUAUCUGCCUCCACUCAUGGAGGAAGAGGAGUGGAGUUGUAAUGACCUGAAGGCAAAAACAUUAGGCACUGUGGUUGGACUUUCUGCCAAAAACCUGAGGGCUACUGCUACCCUCCGGACAGCAUCUGAGGUCCUGGAGAAGAGUUGCAGGUCCCAUCGUCGAGGAGACCCCGCCAGCCCUUACUUUGUCAACUCUGGCUACAUAUUUGCCCCAGCCACUAGUGCCAAUGACAGCGAGAUCUCCAGCGAUGCCACGACCGAUGAUUCCAUGUCCAUGACAGACAGUAGUGUUGAUGGAAUCCCUCCAUACAAGCUGGGUACAAAGAAGCAGCUCCAGAGGGAGAUGCACCGCAGCGUCAAGAUCAAUGGCCAGGUCACACUACCACACUUUCCGAGGACGUACCGGCUGCCUAAAGAGAUGACCCCUGUGGAGCCCUCUGCCUUUGCUGCUCAGCUCAUUGCUCGGUUGGAGAAGCUGAAGCGGGAACAGGACACCAUGAGCUCGUUGGAGGAGAGGCUGCAGCAGAUCCAGGAGGAAGAGGAGAGAGAAGAGAGUAGUGACCACGCCAACAACACCUCCCUCCAUCAUCCUCUGCUUCCAUCUGGCAGCCAAUGUGAGGAAGACCCCCAGGCCAUCCUAGACGAGCAUCUAUCCCGUGUCCUUAAAACACCUGGCUGCCAGUCACCAGGUGUGGUUCGGCACUCUCCACGUUCACACUCCCCAGAUCGGACUGGUGCUGUGGUGUCUGUGGGUCAUGGGCCCUUCUUCGGUGCAUAUCCAGAAGCCAAGGUCUUGAUGACAAGCAAGCAGUCCACGAAGCACAUCCACCAUCAUUACAUCCACCACCACCACGCUGGGCCCAAGACCAAGGAGCAGAUCGAGGCUGAAGCGGCUCAGCGUGUGCAGUGCCUCUGCCCUCCCAGGGGCGCCAAUUAUUCUGACUUCACCCCUGUCCGCUGCAGCACUUUGUCCAAACGUCCAGUCAAGGCCCCAGAGGAGGGUUCGUCCUCACCAGGCCUUCUCCUGGAUGCCACCGAUCGCUCUCAGAAUGUUUGGCAGUGGAUUCUAGAGAGUGAGAGACGGGGAAAGCACAAGCCACACAGCACUCAAGGCCUAAGGAAGGCCAGUCCACUCGACUCUAAAAUCCAGCCCAGUCGGGCCCACUACUCAUGGGGCGGAGGAGGCAUCGGCAAUGGGAGUCAUCUUCGAGGGCAUCAUCCUGGUCACCCCUUCAUCCAGGACCCAGCUAUGCCACCACUGCCUCCACCAGACACACUGACACAGCUAGAAGAAGCCUGUCGUAUAUUAGAGGAAGUCUCCAAGCCACCAAAACAGAGGCAUUCAGCAGCAGCCGUCUGCCUUCAGCGAGACAGGAACCAUUCAGCAGCUGCCUUCCCGACAGGAGACAGCCCUCUGGCCACCUCUGGACUCCAAGCAGACGAGUCUAAGGAAUUAGUCGUCACCUACUUCUUCUGUGGUGAGGAGAUCCCUUAUCGCAGCAUGAUGAAGACCCACUGCCUCACCCUGGGUCACUUCAAGGAGCAGCUGAGCAAGAAAGGCAACUACCGGUACUAUUUCAAGAAAGCAAGUGACGAGUUUGAAUGUGGUGCCGUGUUUGAGGAGGUUUGGGAAGAUGCCACUGUGUUGCCCAUGUAUGAGGGAAAGGUCCUGGGCAAGGUGGAGAGGAUGGACUGAUGCCACUUUAUUGCCAACCAAACCACACCCUUCCUUACCCAACCAAAAGCUAAACUGUUCCUUAAGAACUCUGGAGAAAGUGACUCUAUGUAAAAACACUCUGGACUGUUUUUCUUUUAUUGUUGUUUUUAUUUUCUAAAUAUUAAGCUAAACAGAGUUAAUAUAUCCAGCACAAGAGGAGCGAUUGAAGGAAGAUGAGCCAAUGAAGUAUCAUGAUCCCAGAGGAGGUGCCACUCCUCCUGGACUUUCUCCACCAAUCAGCCUUACAAACACAAGGGAAAGACACGAUGGACUUGUAAAGGCCAACACGAGGAGGAGGAGGAUAAUGCUUGGAAGACAGCGUGGAGACCCCGCCUCCUCGAGAAUUUAACCACUGAAGUCGUCCAUGACUGUUCUGUUGAUCGAGAGACUCAUUAGCGCAUUUACAGCGCUGAAGCUGCAGCGCCACCAACCUGCUCUUAAAGCUACACUCCAACAUUGUUUGAAAAACGUUUGUACGUGUGCAUAUACAUACAUGCUAAUAUGUAUAUAUACAUGUAUUAUAUAGAGAGAUGCUGUUGUCAUGGUUUUAAAGUUUUUAAGUAUUUAUUGAAAAACAACCCCCUCCUUCCAACCCCCUCCCCCUAUCUCCAGCCAAUAGGCAAGCUGCUUUGAAUGUUGGGAGAAUACUGUGGUGAUAUUGUUUCAAGUUUGACCUUUUUUUUAUCUUUACACUGAGGAUGUGGCACUAGCCUAGCACGUCCUAUAGCCUUUUAACCCCGUCCGACCCACACCUAAGACCUAAGCAGGGUCUGGUCGGAGGCUCUCCCUCCCCCACUAUCCUUACAGGCAAUCCCAGUCUUAAAUGCUGCUGAUAGUUUGUAUGUUGACCUGGUCACACUAGUGUUUCCGUUCUCUCAAUCUCACCUCAUGCCUGCCUUUUUGUCUCAAACUACAUCCAUACUGAUUUUUGUUGAAACUGUGUUUCCACCUGAUAAUUAGCUACAUAGAUUACCUUUGAGGGCACAACAGCCUUCAGCCAUUCACUCUCACCAAAAGACACCAAACUCUCACAAAACCAACUUUUACAAUUGGAACAGUUUUUAAUUUCUGUUUUCUGGCAAGUUUCCUUUUCUGUUGUCCAUCCAUGCCAAAACAGUGUGUUUUGACAAAAAGACAGUGGUGUGGAUGUAGUUUGAGUCCAGCUGCAGAGCCCAGUCUAUUUGUUGUGCCUUCAUUUGUUCAUCAGGCAUCUCAGCAGUCAUUGUGGAGUUGUUGUUAGCCACAGAGGAGACCCUGAGCACAAGUUGAAGCCCCAUCUAUCAGCCCUGUUACAGAACAACUUGUGCCAACAAAAACAACUUGGGUUGUUGAGCAGAACGGAAUUUCAUUAGAGUGUCAGAAAAAAAAAUCAAAAAAAGGAAAAAAAAAAGAACUGAAGAAGAAUUAUGGCUCCCAAAUCCUUUUGAAUGUUGUUACGGUGACAUCGUAUAUAGCAGAGUUCCUGUAUACAUUGUAAUUAUGCAUUCUGAAGUAUGGAUACCAACACAUGUGAUGCACAAGCCGACACUAUACACACAUCAAACACUUGCUGGUGUUUUAUGAGUACAGCACCUGUGCCUACAUGGAUGCCAUACCAUGUGCUACCCUGUUUCAGGGUUUAAUAUAUAUAUCCCUUGAUUCUCUGAAGGGUUUUAUGUAGAAAAGAUAUUUUUAUGCUUUUAAUAAUAUCCUGUAAUCAUGUGCUUUUUUUACACCAUGGACUCCUUUGGUUUUAUUUCAUUCUAUCUAAACUGUAAAUUAUACAUUAUAUAAAGAGUUUCAUUUAAAGAUUUACAUGGACCUAUAAUUAUUGUAAUUAUUGAGAGAUGUAGCCUUUAUUAAAGUUUUAUAUUUUUCAAGUGAA